AUGGAUCGUUCACCAGAGUCGGGUCAAAACUGUCUGAAGCCUGGUGCAAUGCGUUGGAUGCAGAUAGCGGCUAUAAGAAAGAUUUGUGACCUUACGGGGAUGAGGUCAGUCACUAUAGAAUCGUUUGGAGAGACACGCGAUGAACGGCGAAUAGUUCUAAUACGAAUCACGAAUGGUAACGGAAUGCGCUUGGAACUGUUAAACCUCGGCGCAACUGUUCGAUCCAUCGUCGUUCCCGACAGAGAAGGUGUGAUGACGGAUGUUGCACUAGGAUUCGAUUGUGUGAAAGCCUAUGAAGCCGAUCCGCUAUUCAUUGGAUCUACGUUAGGGAGAGUGGCCGGAAGAAUCCGCAGUGCACGUUACGCUAUUGACAGUCGAGAGUAUUUCUUGGCGCAGAACGAUUACCCACAUCACCGUAAUGGUGGUGUGAAGAGUCCACUGAGCAAGAAAGUUUGGAACUACACUUUACUGGAAGAAGGGAAUGGAGUCGUGUUUACCGUUAGAUCACACGAUGGUGAAGAAGGAUAUCCGGGCAAUGUGAAUAUUCAAGUCUCCUAUGUACUAACCAAUCACAACGAGAUUCUUGUCCAGUUUUCUGCGAAUACGGACAAGUCGACAUUAAUGAAUCUAUCCAGCAAUUUUUACCUGAAUUUGGAUGGAGAGGGUUGCACGCUGGAUAAUCACGAGCUACAGGUCACUGCCACCUCAUACUUGGAGACGGAACAGGAUGGUACAGUAACAGGCGAGAUAAUCGAUUUGCCAUCGACUUCACGUGAUCCACAACCAAUAUGUCAGGGCUUUUUGGACAAAUUUAACCACAUUUAUUGCUUCGACCCAGUGCAAACAAAAUCUGCGAAGAAAUUCAGGCAUAUGAUGAGGAUAUUCUCGAAUAAAUCCGGUAUAGAUCUCAAUGUGACGUCAACUUUAAGCUGCUUACGAUUCGACACCGGUUCGGAACUAGACACAUGUGUGGGUAAGCAGGGAAAGACAUAUAGACAAAACUCAGCGUUUGUUGUUGGUUGUCGAGGAUUUGAAGACGCUUGUAAUCAGAGCCAUUUCCCACCGAUAUCACUGCGACCGGAUCAGCUUUAUCAACACAUCACCAUUUAUCGAUUUUCACUGGUAGAAUAA